CAUAGUCCACUCAUUCUUCCAUGCCACACUUAUUCUCGCUCUCACACCUGCCGGCAUUCCUCCCCUCCCUGACCACCACCUCUCCAAUGGCCACUUCCUCCCUCCAAUCCCUCCAUCGAUCCUUCCACCACCAUAACUUCACCACCUCUCCCGACUCUAUCUUCUUCAAGCCGACCAAAUCCUUCAAGCUGUUCUUCAACCUCUCCCCCUCCUCUUCCUCCCUGACCACCACCUCGGCCAGUAGCGUGGUACCAUCCACCGCAGGCGCAGCUGCCGCGGCCACGCCAUUCGACGUCCUCGCCAGCCACCUGUCGUCGAGCGACUUCCGACAGGCCGACGAGGAGACGCGCCGCCUCCUCAUCGCGCUCGCCGGGGAGGCCGCGCAGAAGCGGGGGUACGUGUUCUUCUCGGAGGUGCAGUUCAUACCGGCUGCGGACCUCCAGGAGAUCGACCAGCUGUGGCGCCGGCACAGCGGUGGCCGCUUCGGGUAUGGCGUGCAGCGGCGGCUGUGGGAGAAGUCGGGCCGCGACUUCACGCGCUUCUUCAUCCGGAUGGGGUGGAUGAAGCGGCUGGUCACGGAGGUGGAGCAGUACGGGUACCGGUCCUUCCCCGGCGAGUUCCUGUGGGAGCUCAAGGACGACACACCGGAGGGGCACCUUCCGCUGACCAACGCCCUCAGGGGGACUCAGCUUCUCCGCAGCAUUCUGACACACCCUGCGUUUGAGGAGAGCGAGUCUGAGGAAGGGGAAGAGCAGAGUGAGGAAGGAGGUGGGACGGGCAUGGAGGAGGCGGAAGAGAAGGAGAAGGACAAGGAGAAGCCAAAGCUCAAGGGCGCCAGGAGAAGCCUCAAACCUGACUACUCCUUUUAGACUGUUAAAUCGUUUUGGUUGGUGAUUCAAAUGCUGCUUAUAUAUAUAUAUAUAUAUAUAUAUAUAUAUAUAUAUAUAUAUCCUCUAUAAAACAUGAUUUAUCGAAUGUUAAUGGCAUAAUAUAUGUUGCAGUCACAAUAUCAUACAAUAUCAUCCCUCGAAAAGGGACGUAACCUUGCACUGAAUGUAUACCAUGUUCUUGAAGUAGCAAGAAUACAACUGGUUCAUCUUCAA